AAACAUAAACAAUAAGGCCUGAUUCUCUGUACCAAAAGCGAUAGCAGAGACAGAUUUGUGUUCCGCAUCUCUAUUGCUGUUUUUCCUGGCACAGGAAAAAAUGUCUGUGGCAACCACUCAGGUGGUAGAACAGUUCGGACAGCUGGGAGAGAGGCGGCACUAUUGCCUGGAAAAUGACCGCUUCCGUCGGGUUAAAGAGCCAACAGCUAGAUUCGGGAGCGGCUCCGUGCUGACAUGGGUGCGCAACCUUCUCCGUUUUGUCCUCCUUCCCCAGGGCUACCCUGGCAGCGUCAGCGACGACUACCUUGAGUACCAGCUGUGGGACACACUGCAGGCCUUCUGCAGUUAUCUCUCAGGCACACUGACUACGAGGGCUGUGAUGCAGGGCGUAGGGGUGGGCGAUGCCGCAGCUACCCCCUUGGCGGCCACCCUCACGUGGAUCAUGAAGGAUGGCACAGGCAUGAUUGGCCGAAUCGCGUUUGCCUCGUGGAAAGGGCCAGAGCUUGACUCGAACUGCAAGAAGUGGAGGCUGACCGCUGACGCCCUGAAUGACCUGGCCCUGGCUAUCGAGCUGGGCAGCCCCUUACUGCCGCAGGCCCACUUUCUGAAAGCUCUGUGUGUGGCCACCAGCUUUAAAGCCAUCGUUGGAGUCGCAGGUGGGGCUACCAGGGCGGCUUUGACCCAGCACCAGGCAAAACACGGCAAUAUGGCUGACGUGGCCGCCAAGGAUGGCAGUCAAGAGACCUUUGUAAAUCUGAUCGCCAGCAAUAUUGGAAUUUUUCUCCUGCCGCUUGUCACUUCCAAUGAGAUAACUUGGCUGGUCUUUCUUUUGCUGAUGUGCAUCCACUUAUUUGCUAACUACAACGCCGUGCGCUGCCUCAACAUUCCUAUUUUGAAUGCAACCCGCUUCGAAAUUCUCUACCAAAGACUCGUUACGGAUGGUAAAGUUCUCAGACCAAAGGAGGUUAACAGCAAAGAGCCUGUUAUCCUCGGACAAUCUGGUGCUUCACAAACAAAAAACUGGAACAUCGUGCUUGGAGAAUCGUUUUCAGCGCUCUCAGACGUUAGCCCAGAACAGUUAAAGAUUUCAGCCUCCCUUUCUGAAGAUUACCUUGUGCUGGUGAGUGCGCGCAGGAAAGAAAUCGCCGUCAUCUUCAGGAGAGGAGCUACAGUGGACCCGCUGAGGACCUACUUCCACGCGAUGUGUGUUGGACAGGCGCUGGCAGCGCUUUCUACACAAGAAUCCAUCACCAUGGCUCUGACUGAGGGUUCCAAGCGUGCAAAUGAGGAAUUUGACCAGUUCAAGAAAUCGGCGGCCACAGCAGGUUGGCUCAUGGAGCGGCACCAGCUGCUGGUCAACGAGUGGGUCGCAGAGUGGACGUCGAAGAAGCACGACUGAGUUUGUGUUUUCUAACAAUAAAGUCUUUUCAUUUCCAAAA